AGAGUACCCCAACUUGGGUCAAAGGCAAAAGUAACCUAAAAGGCUAUUGAAAUUACAACUAUCUCCUUGUGAACAAACAAAAAAACGGAUUUUUUUUACGUUUCUACCCCUUGCAAGUCGUCUGUAAACAGACGACUUGAAAAUAAGUCGUCCAGACGACUUUAAGUUAAGUCGUCUGGACAGUUAUUCUUAAACAUAAUUUAAAAUUUUUGUAAAAAAUAUUUUGAUAAGUGAAAAAUUGGAAUUAUGUAAUUAACAUAUGUCUUAAGAGAUAUAAAUUAAUAUAUAACAAAUUUCAAUUGUUUUCAGCCCAGAUGAGUGAAAGUAGUGAGUCAUGAUAUUCUUUAGUUUAUGUUUCAUCAACAUAUGUUGUAGUAUUGUAUGUGUUCUUAGGGUUAGAUUUUGGAAAGCAUUAAAACCGUUUUUGAAAAUUUUUAAAAUUACCUAGGCGUGUUCAUUUAUGUGUAUAGUAAACACUAUUGAAGUAUAAUUUGAUUUUAUAACGUGGUUAGUAAGUUAAUUUAGUCAUUUUAGUUUAGGGGUUCAUUUUAGGGUAUUGGACUACUUAAUAUUUAGUCUUCUGUUCCCAGACGACUAAAUAUUAGGUCGUCUGAUGUACAUUAUCAGCCAGAAUAAGUCGUCUAAACCGGACUAAACCUUAAAGUUUACCAAUGUACUUUUAAAGCUAACCGGAUUAUUUACCCAAUAUAUAAGGUGAUUUUUUUUUUUCAUUUUCCGCGAAAUUCAGAAACCCUAACAGUUCUCUCUCACCGGCGAUAUCAAAGGCGAUUCGAAUUCCCACUAUUUCCGAACAACCAUCGUUCUCAACGUCGGCUAUCUAUCUCACUUCAUUCUCACCGUUGUCGCCGCAGCUUCUUCUAACCCUAGCGCCGCCGAUUCCUCUAAACCCUAGCGCCCCCGCUUCCACUAUUUCCGAACAAACCGUCGCCCUCGCCACCGUGCUCACCAACGUUCUCACCGCCGCUUCCUCUAAACACUAGCUAGCACCGCCGCUUCUUCUAAACCCUAGCGCCGCCGCUUCUUCUCUGUAAACCGUAGCGCCGUUUCUCUGUAAACCCUAACGCCGAUCUAUAACCACAAUGACGAGUACUCCAACUCCUUCUGCGACUAAUCAGACCCGCGUGAUCAACUUUGUUGAGAAGGACAUUAGUGAAAUGUGGCCAAAAUGGGACUCUGAGGUUGAGGACGUGCCCGCGGAGAACAUCAUUAAAGUCAUGUAUGAUCGGAGACCGUGGAAGUGGACCAUGGAUUGCUGGGAAGUCACUGGUACAAAACCUAAGUUUGUGACUCCAUCGAAAAGAGCCAAACAGAUGGUUGUGGUGGAGGUGGAGGAGGAGGAGGAAGACAAUCAGAGACCUCAGAAGAAAGCUCGUAAAGAGGCUCCUAAAGAGGCUCCUAAAGAGGCUAGAGAAGAGGCUCCUUAAGAGGCUAGAGAAGAGGCUACAGAAGAGGCUAGAGAAGAGGCUAGUUGGGUGACCAGAGAGGAGUUAGAAAAUAUGUUCAAGGACUUAGGUGACAUGAUGAAAGAUGGGUUUAAGAAGUGCAUCAAGGAGAUUAGGAAGAUGUCCGAUAGAUUGGAAGCUGUGGAGAAGAAGGUUGGUGUCACCAAUCAGGCUACCC